GCCAGUAACAAGUAGGGAUGGCGAGCGUUUAAUAAUCUAGGGGCAGCAUCAGUUGCACGCAUAACUGCCAGCCUUUCGCCCAGUCACGCACGGCAACUCGGACGGACGGAGCGCGUCGACGGCCCCGACGUGCAAGCAUGAGCGAUCGCCACGGCAAUCGGUCGCCUUGAACCUUGAAGCUGCAGUUGUUCAGUUUUCGACUGAACCACGAUGAAAAGUGUCCUGGUGACCUUGUUGCUGCUCGCGCUGGUCGCGAGUAGCAGUGUGCGAGCGAGCGAGGAAACCAGUGACUUGUACCUGCGAAACGUCGUCGAAGAGUUACAAUUCCUCAACGGCCUCGUGCCCUCGGACAGAAGUACCCGUGUAUCCUACCCGACCGACCAGGAGCUACCGACCAUCGGCGAGGCGAGCGUCGAGUCAGCGGCCAGCGCCUCGCUGCCGCAGCAUCAAAUAGCAAGAAAGCCGCCGUCGACGUAUUUGACGGAGCCACCGCAGCCGCCGCAGCCGCCGCAAGCCUCACCGAUGCUCUUGGGCUUCACGGCAGCCGAAUUAGCAGCCAUGUAUCGAAAGGCACUGCAGACUGGUGUCUCCGUGAAGCACAACAAUGCCGAGUACAGCUUCGACAGGACUAAAGUUGUUCCAGCGUUGAGAGUUCAACAGCCUACUUAUGGCUCCAAUUAUGCCUACUACUUUUACCCUCUGAACAGUUUCCGCCACGAACUUGAGAAACAGACUGCUGGCUUUCCUGCUGUUGUAUCCGACGGAUACCAUACCUUGCCCGACUCGGCCUACGCGGCGACGACGAUAACAGACCACGUGAAAAAAGAGUCGAGCAACAAUGGCAUUAUGAACCACAUCAUCACCGGUGUGAGCAGUUUUAUCGGCAUGGCUAUUUUCUUCAUAUUCAGCAUGUUUAUCUAUCCGCGAUUCUUACAUAUGAUGCAUUUUCCCUUCGUUGCCACCUCCAGGACCAAUUUUCGUAACGAGCUUAGUCAUCUUACUGCUUUUGUUACCGAAGCCAUUGACGCUUACAAUCAAAAUAUCAAAAAGAAAUCCAAACACAGACCGCAAAGGUAGCAUACGUGGAUCCAUAGUUUAAUUGAAUUCGAACAAAUCAGCUUGACGGGGUGUCUGAAUAUAUGCAAUUUAAGUUAUUGCAUGGAAUGAAUGGAUAUAAA